UCCAAUUCAAGCGAAAUGGCAGCUUCUGAUUUUUUUGCAAUCUCAACUAGAAUCGGCAUAUUGUGUAUCUUUUUUCAUUUGGCAGGAGCAGCACGAAAUUGGGAUUACGAACCAAUUUCGUUUACCGCAACCUCUUCGGAUGAAAGCAAGCUAAAAUUCGAAGCUAAACUCGAACGUCUGGGGCGUUCAGAUUAUGGAAUUUCUGGCAUCAUUGAGUGGAAAUAUGACACUAAUGAGGAAACGAUGGUUGAGGUACAAGCGUAUCGCAGCAAUUCGGGCGACGAGAGUGAUUACAAGUUGCUACCGUGGGCGAUUCCCAAGCAGCCCUUCUAUGAUUACCUCAACACCUACUAUAAGGAUGUGAUCAUCAAGAACUUGGGCUACUGCUCCAAUUUUCCCCAAUACGAAGGCAAAUUUCAACCGCCCUGGCCAAAGAAGACCUAUAAGAUCGACAAGUGCAAGAUCGUUGGCGAUGGACUACCGGAAAUAGCUCCACCUGGAUUCUACAAGAUCGUAUUCACUAAAUUUGGUCCAGGACAGCCCACAUGGGGUUUCACAUUAGUUGCUAAACUAACUAACAAAAUGUUCUAGUUGAAGUAAAUUGAA